AUGCCUCCUAAGCGGAAGUCUGAACGCGCCGUGAGCGCAAAUGAUGCUGUCGCGACGCCCUCCAAAAGGAUCAGAAACAGCGUAGAUGCGACUCCAGCUUCUGCUGCAUCCCCUCCAGUGGCUGAGGCUACACCCCAGACAAGUGAAAAGAGGGGUCGCGGUCGCCCACGUAAAUACCCCGAGGGUUCUACCCCCAAGCCUGCGUCAGAUGGCCCUAAGCGGGGUCGUGGUCGCCCACGGAAGAUUGUUUCAGAGCUAGAAGUUGAGAGCGCAACCCCAUCGGGGCCCAAGAGAGGCCGUGGCCGUCCCCGUAAGGAUCCAGCUUCUGCGACACCUGCCACCCCAAAGAUCAAGAAGAAGGAUGGUCGUGGAAGACCUCGCAAGAAUCCCCUGCCCAAUGGAGAUGCCGAAACCACCGAGUCCAAGGUAACACCGGUGGUUAGCAACAUCCCUGAAACUGGCCGAUCUUUCUGGUUGAUGAAGGCGGAGCCCGAAUCUCGCAUGGAGAAGGGCAAGGACGUGAAAUUCUCUAUUGACGACCUGGCCGCUGCAGAUGUCCCCGAACCUUGGGAUGGUGUGCGCAACCAUGUUGCGAAAAACCUCAUGCGCGAUAUGAAACAGGGAGACUACGCAUUCUUCUAUCACUCAAACUGCAAAGUUCCCGGAGUGGUUGGAGUUAUGGAGAUUGUCCAGGAACACUCCACCGACGAAUCUGCCUUCGAUCCCGAUCACCCGUACUAUGACCCGAAGUCCAAACGAGACGAUCCCAAGUGGGUUGUCGUCCAUGUCGAAUAUCGCCGCAAACUUGGGAAGCAGGUCACUCUCCAAGAUCUGAAGACCAAUGGCGAGACCGGAAAGCCGCUCGAAAAUCUUCAAAUGAUCAAGCAAUCCCGACUCAGCGUGUCAUCUGUGACCCCGGCGCAAUGGAAGUACAUCCUGGAGCUGGCAGGCGAGGAACCGCAAGAAGAGUUCACCAAGAAGGAGUCCAGUGACGCAAAGGAAGAGGCAUGA